AUGGAUCCGGGAUACUACAAGGUGACCGAGGAUAACCCCAAGAUAGAGAGUAGCGAGGAAUACCACAAGUUGAGCGGUUACCUGCUGUACUUGUCCGUCAGCAGCCGUUCAGACGUCGCAGUGGCUGUCGGAAUCUUAAGUCGGAAAGUUAGUUGCCCGUCGAUGACCGACUGGACCGAGGCGAAGGGCAUGGUGCGCUACUUGAUACACACGGGUGACUACGGAUUGACACUUGGAAGGAGUGGACGUGAGCUACUGCUGUCAGGAUACUGCAAUAGCGAUUGGGCGGGCGAUAGUAGGGAUCAAAAAUGUUGUACUGGCUACAUGUUCAGUUUAAAAGGAGCGACCGUGACUUGGGUAAGCUGGAAGCAGAGCUGUGUGGCCAUGUCCACCAUGGAGGCUAAAUAUGUAGUCCUCUCAGAGGCUACGCGCGAAGUUGUUUGUCUACCACGUUUACUAGCUUAA